AUGAACGACGAUUCAGUUGCUCCCAAAGACAGAAAGUCUCGCAGAGGUCUCUUCUAUUCUCCGGAGAGAUCCAGUGACAUCCUCACUGGCACUAGGUCCACUACUCCUUCUCCGGACGGCUCUCGUUCCGACUUGUCUGCUGCUACCGACCACGGCAGACAUCCUAUUAUCCUUGGUAUAUGUGCCAUGGAUAUAAAAGCGCGGUCGAAGGCCAUGCGAGAGAUCCUUACUCGUCUAGUGGAGCGCACGCGCGGAGCUAUAGAGGUAAAAGUUUUCGGCGACAAGGUCAUCCUCGACGAAGAGGUCGAAAAUUGGCCGCGCUGCGACGUCUUAAUAUCUUUUUUCUCAACCGAUUUCCCUCUGGACAAGGCGAUCUCGUAUGGGAAACUUCGUAAUCCCUAUUGUAUAAACGAACUGCACCCCCAAGCACUCCUCUGGGAUCGUCGUCUCGUCGGGACUGUUCUUGACCAUCUCAAAGUGCCAACUCCACGGCGUCUAGAAGUGUCCCGCGACGGCGGACCGAAGGUUGAAGAAGAACUGCGGGAAAUCAUGAAACGCAGAAUUGGUGUGGACCUUGGUGGCUUCCGGGUCACUCCAGAGGUAAUCAUGAGCAAGGACGGCGACGCCAUCAUCAUUGACGGGGAAAUAAUGGAAAAACCGUACGUGGAGAAGCCUGUGAGCGGGGAAGAUCACAACGUGUAUAUCUACUUCAAGGGAGGAGGGGGCCGGAUGCUGUUCCGGAAGGUUGGGAACAAGUCUAGCGAGUUGGAUCCGAACUUGAAUUUCCCUCGAACUGACGGAUCGUACAUCUAUGAGAAAUUCGUAGAUGUCGAUAACUCUGAAGACAUUAAAGUCUAUACCGUUGGCAAAGACUACACUCACGCAGAAACGCGGAAAUCUCCUUUCGUGGACGGUGUGGUCAGAAGAAACACCGAAGGGAAGGAAAUUCGCUUCAUAACCCAUCUUAGUGAAGAGGAGAAGAUGUGGGCUGCGCAAAUUAGUGAGGGAUUCGGGCAAAUGGUGUGCGGCUUCGACAUGUUGAGGUGCGACAACGGCAGCACCAGCCAAGUGAUAGAUGUCAACGGCUGGAGCUUUGUCAAAGGGAAUGAAGCGUACUACGACAAAGCCGCCGAGAUUCUUGCUUCUAUAUGUAUUCAAGCAACCGCUUCCGUGGAGCGUCCCCUCCCUGCGGCCGAGGCGACAAUUGAAGAGUCCCCCACGUGGCUGCUCAAAGCGAAUGUUACCGUUUUCCGUCACGCUGAUCGCACGCCCAAGCAAAAGCUCAAAUUUAACUUCCCAAUUGGGGAGGUGUGGACCCAACCUUUCGUGCGCCUACUCAACGGCGAAAAGGAGGAGAUCAUCCUCCGGGAGCGCGCACAGCUCACCCGUAUCGCUACUGCGGUCGAAGAAGCGAAAAGCCUUGGUGCAGAUGGCGAGAACCUCGCCAAGCUUUCACAGCUCAAUUCUGCUCUUUUCAGCAAGAUUGAGCUACCCGGAACGAAGGCUCAGCUUAAACCUGUUUAUUCGAAGAAGCAGGCAGGCCAAGUGAGGAAGUUGACAAAGCUGACGUUGGUUUUCAAAUGGGGCGGCGAGUUCACACACUCUGCGAGGUACCAGUCGCGUGACCUCGGAGAGACCAUGAGGAAGGACAUAUCUAUAAUGAACAAAGAUGUUCUCAAGAAUGUCAAGAUCUACACCUCUUCUGAACGUCGUGUAGUUGCUUCAGCCGAAAUAUUUGCGGGCGCACUGUUUGAUGUGCACCGCGAUAGUUACCCUGCAGCUUUGUCGAUACCUCCGGUCAGCAACGGCGACGCGUCUUCGCUGUCUUCCCAGGAUGGUUAUGAGACGAAUGCCAGCAAUUUCAGCAAUGGCAACAACCUCCACUCCUCGACGCCGCGACGCGAGCAUUCACAACCAUCUGGACAAAGGCCGAUUAAAUUGAUAGUACGGAAGGACCUAUUGGACGACUCGAACGCGGCGAAAGACCUCAUGGAUGACGUGAAGAAGCGGCUGAAGAUCCUUCUUCGACCUGGUGAGCCAGAGAAGCGUCCGGAAUUGACUUGGCCGAAGAGCAUGAAGAAAGAGCCUGUAGAGGUUGUGAAGGUGAGAUCUGAUCCGUAUCGCACAGUGAGGCUCGCUGACGACUGCACACUGAAGGAGGUGAUUGAGCUUCUGAACACAUUCCGCGAUAUCAUGCGGCGAAAUUGGGUGACCCUGGACGUCGACAAAGUCCAGGAACGAUGGUGUUGCGGAGACGAGCCGUGGCUGUUCCGUGAGCGCUGGGAGAAGCUCUUUGAGGACUUCUGCGACGUUAAGCAGGAGAAGUUCGACCCCUCGCGCGUGUCGGAGCUCUACGACACGAUCAAGUACUGCGCUUUACACCAUCGGACAUUCCUCUUCUCCAUCUUUAGCGAAAACGGGAUGGCAGGUGCUCGGCCUCCACAGGACCGCCGGCUUCACGAGUUGUACGGACGCGCCAAGGCACUGUUCGACCUCGUCGCGCCGCAAGAGUACGGCAUUGAGCCUGAGGAGAAAGAAGAGAUUGGUGUACUGACCUCGCUCCCUCUCCUGCGUAACGUGGUGGAGGAUCUCGAGAAUGCACGGAACAACGAGGAGUGCUCUCUGACGCUUUAUUUCACGAAAGAGAGCCAUAUCCACACAUUGGUCAACCUCGUUCUGCUGUCAGGUCUACCGAUUGCCAAUCGUCGGAUUCCCGAGUUGGACUACUGCUCACACAUAACGUUUGAGUUGUAUGAGCGGAACCAUGGCCGAGGAAAGUCAGACAAGGAAUAUUCGAUUCGGCUCUCGCUAAGCGAGGGCGCGCAUUCUUCGAAUGUGCUGGACUCGGCCCUCGAUGCGCGGCACUCGCUGAAUGUGCAGGCACGCAAGAAAUUAACGCAGCAUUUGCCGUACAGCCUCGUCAUCGAGAAGCUAUCGAAACACUUUGACCGGAUCAGAGAGGACGAGGACACGGAUCCAGACGAGCCGGUCGAGCUCGACGCGCUGAGCGCGCCGGUCGCCAACGACAGCUCACACGACUAUCCUUGA